AGCUGAUAUAGCCUUGGUGGGCUUGGCCGUCAUGGGCCAGAAUCUUAUCUUGAAUAUGAACGAUCAUGGCUUUGUGGUUUGUGCUUAUAAUCGUACCACCGAUAAAGUCAAGUCUUUCCUUGAGAAUGAGGCGAAAGGUACAAAGGUCGUUGGUGCUUCUAGCCUAGAGGAGAUGGUUGGCAAGUUGAAGAAACCUAGAAUAGUUAUGCUACUUGUGAAAGCUGGCAGAGCGGUGGAUGGUGUCAUUAAUUCUUUAUUUGACCUUUUAUCGCCUGGUGAUAUAAUUGUGGAUGGUGGUAAUUCAGAGUAUAGAGAUACGGAAAGAAGAGGUAAAUAUUUAGCUUGUAAGGAUAUUUUAUUCGUUGGAUGUGGUGUGAGCGGAGGCGAAGAGGGGGCCAGAUACGGGCCAUCGUUAAUGCCCGGAGGUGAUCAAGAGGCUUGGCCGCACGUUAAAACUAUUUUUCAGGCCAUCAGCGCAAAAGUCAACGGUGAGCCGUGCUGCAAUUGGGUAGGAGCUGAUGGAGCUGGACAUUUUGUUAAGAUGGUACAUAAUGGAAUAGAAUAUGGCGAUAUGCAGCUUAUUUGCGAAGCCUACCAUUUAAUGCGAGAUGGCCUGGAAUUGAAUAACGACGAAAUGAGCGACAUAGUAGCCGAAUGGAACAACGGGGAAUUAGAUUCGUUUUUAGUCGAAAUUACGAGUAAUAUUCUGAAAUUCAAAGACCAAGAAGGUUAUCUAUUGGACAGAAUUAGGGAUACCGCGGGACAAAAGGGAACAGGAAAGUGGACCGGCAUCGCAGCUUUAGAUUAUGGGGUUCCGGUGACUCUCAUAGGAGAGUCGGUAUUCGCAAGAUAUCUGUCGGCUUUAAAGGAUGAAAGAAUGGAGGCUGGCUCCGUGUUACAUGGACCAAAUACCAAGUACGAAGGGAAUAAAAAGGAGUUAUUAGAGCAUUUGAGAAAGGCCCUUUACGCAUCAAAAAUAAUAUCUUACGCACAAGGAUUUAUGUUAUUAAGAGAGGCAGCAAAGUCUAACAAUUGGAAUCUUAAUUACGGUAGCAUUGCCCUUAUGUGGAGAGGCGGCUGCAUUAUCAGAAGUGUGUUUCUGGGCAAAAUCAAACUGGCCUUCGACGAAAAUCCCAACUUGACGAACCUCCUACUGGACGAUUUCUUCGCGAAUGUGAUGAGCAACUGCCAGGCGAGCGUCCGACAAGUGGUGACAGCGGCGGUGUACCUCGGACUGCCGACGCCGGCCCUAUCCUCGGCCCUCGCCUUCUACGACGGUUUCCGCGCGGCCCGCCUCCCAGCCAACCUCCUUCAAGCGCAGCGCGACUACUUCGGGGCCCACACGUACGAGAUCCUCGGCGCCGAGGGCAAGUUCGUACACACGAAUUGGACCGGCCAGGGCGGCAGCGUGUCAGCCUCGACUUACGACGCCUGAUAACCAAAUCCUAACCCCAGCCCCGUCGUUAUGACCUCGCCUUAUUAUCACUACGGAUCGUGCACGAGUAGAGAGUCGUCGAGGUUACUAGCAAUAUUUCUCGGCCGUCCCGAGAUGCAAGCCUCCUAGCGCCAUACAAGAGCGGAGUUGGGAAGAAUCGCGUGCACUAGAAUGCGCUGCGACGAUGAUGGGGCGAGGUAUUUCGAGCGUGUCAAUACCGAGGCAACGCCGCUAAGCGCUCAAGGAACGAGAUCCAAGUAUCCGACGACGAGCGACGGCUGCGGACAUGAGAUA